UACGGGGCCUGAAGGGCUGAGCUGCACGCUCACUUGGAGUUCGCCACACUUCACCACAACUCGGCUCGUGCCCGCUCCAGAUGCAGCAGGGACCUAGGCGCCGGGCCGAGCGCACUCAGACCGUCGUUUCUGCGUGCGUGCCAUACCCCGCUCCUCAGCCUCGCCCCUGGGGCGGCGCUGAAGAGCUGGGGGUUGACGGGCCGAGGAGGGAUGGCCGGGGUGAGCGCCCAGCCGUGGGGCCCUUGGGGGCUCGAGCCCCAAGACCCGUGGAUCUGGACCGCGCAUCGGUUGGGUCGUCUGCUGACCCCUCGCGUCGGCGCGUGGACGACCGUCGCGGCAACUCUGCUGUGGCCAAUGAAGCUAUCGUCCGAGAGAACCUGCAGCAGCUGCGACCGCAAGUCGCGGGCGCAGCUGAGUCCAACACGGAAGGCGCAGCUGAGGCGGGAGCCGCUGCUCUGGAGUACGGGGUGGAUGCCUCGCCUACACCCCUGCCCUCCGGCGGGUGGCCUGGCCAUCCAAGUUCUAUCCCCUGUUCCCGUCAAGUUCAAAGGUAACACCAACCUGGCCCUGUACACCACCGCUAUGAUUGCGGCCGGGGCCAACGAGAAGAUCAUGGUCAAUUGGUUCCCUAUGGCUCUGAAGGGCAUGACCUUGUCAUGGCUGAUGCACUUGCCUAAGGAAUCGAUCGUUCCUGGGGUGAGCUUUGCAUUCGCUUCGUCAGCGCAUUCGAGGCCCUGGUUCAGUCCUCAUGUGUCCUGAGCCAGCGAAUGUUCUUCAGGUGCCAGUGCAACAUUGCUAUAUCAUGCAGUUUCCAGUAUUAUGACCACUGUGUCGACUCCCAUAAUGUACACACAAAAACUCUACCGAUUCGAUCCCUUAUUGAAUUUGCCCUCUCACUUGACCAGGUGAACUUCCUUCCAAUCUGUGGGUAGUAAAUCAAUUCCAGCUCUUGGAUCACGGCUCUGAACUGGGCCAUUAUCCUUGGCACAUCACCGCUCUGAAACAAUUUUAGAUUUUGGGAUACCUCUCUGCCUUGCUGAUUUCCUGUCUUUUGUGGUUUAUGUUGAAUAAUUGUCUCUUGUGGUCAUUGUUGCUGGCCAGAAACGUGUCAAAGUUUGUGGUAAGUCUCUAGAUGUUGUAGAGAAGAUCGUACCCAAAAUUUUCAUACUGGAACUUGUAUGGACCCGUCAGUCCACGAAUGUGAUUUUUUACCCCUCAUCUUGAGGGCUUUUCAUGUAAGUUCUUCUGUUACAUGUCCAUAUAAUUGUAUUAGUUUCCACUAUAAUUUGUUUGCUGAAGUUAUCCUAAAAUUCACUACAGGUUAAGGGUCUAUUGCCCAGAAUACAUGACCUAGCGGCAACUCCUCCAAGUUAUGACUAAGUAAUGAUGUACAUAGUAAGUUGAGUAUCGUAGGAUGAUGGACUGUAUAUAUAUAUUGUACAGUACGCACAUACAACUUAAACAAAUGUAGGUGUAUAUACUGCUUUCUGCACAAAUCCAUGGGCGCACCCAUGACAGUGGAAUAGUGCCACGAUUUGCAUCACUAAGACCUAGCCAAUGGUACAGUGACAUUUGAGUUGAUUUUAAUUCCUGGGUUGCCCCUGUAUCCAAGCUUGCUGCUGCAGGAUACCUUGAUUUCUCCGGUGACAUACGCAGUCUCCGGUGACAUACGCGGGCUUUCUGCCGGUCAUUCUAAUGAUUGAAACGCAAGCGUGUUUGGACUUAAAAACCUUCGGCUUUGACGUUUCGACGGAUGAAAAAACAAACAAAGUGGACUGACCAAUUCGAUCCGGGAAACUGUGGGGUAACUACAAGUUGCAACAUCCUGCAUUAAGAAAGGAAAGGAGUUGCUUCUACCGUUAGUAGGGAAACGCUUAGUUUAAAAUCAACUACUAGGAAUAUACUCUUUAUAUGUGAGUGUGACCAAAUCCCAACCAAUGUGGAGCAGGACCUGAGUUGACUUGCACUAUAUAAACGGGCUGGAACCAGACAGGGAUUGUUCCUAAGUUUAUAAAACGCUUAGCUUAAAAGCAACUAGUGAGAAUAUACUUUUACGUGUGACCAAAGACCAAGUACCAAACAGUGUAAUGUACUGAAUAUACGGGCUAAUCAGACCGGUUUUGUAAGGGUGAUAGAAGGAGUCCCAACCAAUGUGGGGCAGUAGGUGAGCUGGCUUACGAGUAUAUAUAGGGGGGAACCAGACAGGUUUCGUAAAUCUCACUGCUUCAGACAACGUCUUUCUCUAUACACUCAAGAGUCUCCGUCGACCCCCAUAGUCAAAGGGUGCCCAAGCUAGCUAGCCCACAAUGUCGAAGAAAAUAGUUAUAAGAGCUGAUCUCAUCUGCACGAAGAGCACGAGCGAGAUCUUCGCAACUGUCGCCAAGCUCAAGGGGAUCAAGUCCAUCGCCAGCGACCCGGAGAAGAACACAGUGACGGUGGUCGGCGCCGUGGACCCGGUACGCAUCGUGCAACAGCUCAGGAAGGCGUGCUUCGCCGCGGACAUCGUCAGCAUGGAGGACGACAAGCCCAAGGAGAAGAAGACCCCCUGCCAGGAGGCCUGCGAGAAGGCUUGCAAGGAGCGGUGCGAGAAGCUCUGCAAGACCUGCGAGAAGGCUUGCAAGGAAAAGUGCGAGAAGUAUUGCAAGGACAAGUGCGACGACUGCGGGAAGGCUUGCCAAGACGCCUGCUGCAAGAUGUCCUGCACGCCGGGCUGCUACUCCAGCCCCUGCGGCCUGCCCAGCUGCAACUACUACAGCCACGGCUACGGCUAUGGCUACGGCUACGGCGAGCCCGUGGUGCCGCUGGGAUACGGCUGCUACUACGGGAGGCCAUUCUGAGCCCAAUAGCCAUGGAUUCACUCCAUUCU